AUGUCGUCCUCUGCGGCUGCGGCGCAGGCCUCUAGCAAUAAUGCUGCUGCUUCACCUACAGAGUCGACCACUGCAGAAGCCUCCACCACGCCUACAAGCACGUCGUCUUCCACCGAAACAACUCCUACAGAGACUUCGACGACAUCAUCCGAGUCUUCCACAACGUCAGACGCGGUGACGAGUAGUACUCCAGAUGCUAGCAGUACUACUCCCACGACAACCUCUACUACACCCACUUCCACUUCCGAAACCCCGACUACGACAUCGACGUCGUCCGACCAGCCAACAACAUCAUCGACGCCCGAUGUAGUUACGACCAUUGUCACUCAGAGUUCCUCCAGUGGGAACACGGCCGGUCCGACCACGGUCAUUAUCACCUCCACCGAAGCGUCCCCCUCGCAAACUGCUGGCAGCACGGCAGACGGUUCUUCUUCGACGUCGGGCGGCUCGGCGGCCAUCGAGUCCUCAAGCAAUGGUGAUUCCGGCUUGUCUGCUGGUGGUACAAUUGCGGUCGCCGUAGUGGUGCCCGUCGUAUCGGUCGCAAUCAUCGUUCUGGCUGCCCUGUGGUUCUGGCGGAAGUGGAAAGGCAAGAAGGCCGCCGAGGAAGAGCGGCGUAAAGAGGUGGAGGAGUACGGAUUUAACCCGAACAAUGACCCCACGCUUCCGCCGGUCGCGGCAGGCGGUGCUUACGAGCCUAGCAAUGACAACGUAUCUGGAUACCGUGGAUGGGGAACUACCUCGGCCGGUCGAAAGGCGUCAACCAAUUUGUCCAGUGGUGCCGGUGUUGGGUUGGCUAUGUCCGAGGCCAGCAGUGCCCCAGGCUAUCACCAUGCCACCUCUCCGAGCGAUGGCACCAUUCAGUACUCUGACGGACAGGGCCAACCGGCAUCCGGCGAGGACGAAAGCAUCGGAGUUCUUGGUGCAGCCCCCGUCGCGGCCAACAACCGUGUGUCGGACAUCCGUCGUGGGCCAUCCAACGCAUCUUCCGCCUAUUCUGCCGCCAAUCGGUCAGAAGCAUCCGAUGAGAGCCAUAUGUCAGCCUCUCAUCCCACGGCACCGUUUUAUGAGGAUAACCCGUACUAUAAUGAAGUGCAUGCGCCGUACGGGGCUUAUGGGGAUGGUCCUUAUGGAAGCCCACCUCAGCCGGUGAUUCGUGAUGUCCAAGCUCGGCGCAACACGCGGAUUGAAAACCCUGCCGUUUUCCCUCGACAAGGCAAUGCGGGUAUUGCACAGAAUUUCUAA